GGAAUCUGCCGUUAAUCCAUGCACGUGGAUUCACCCGAGGUUUAACCGGAUGCUCGCUAGUUUGUCUCGAUUUGGUUGGUUGAUUGUUGGGUCUCGCGAGCUGAAUGCGCUGCGCCCGGCGUCAUCGAUCGAAUAACUUAUUGUUCGACUUUCUGUGGCUGGUCCCCAGCAGGAUGAAUGCAACUUAAAUUUUACUGAUGAAGUGAUGACGCUUUGUUUUGACCAUAGGAUUUACAUCUCUUAAUUGACAUGUUAGAGAUUGCUUGUCUUAAUAUUCUUUGACAUUCAGCCAAAAUCCCGGCGUCAUGGUGGAGGAAGUUGAGGAACAGGCUGUGCUACUGCCUGCGGGCAAGCCUUUGAACCUCAUUCCUGUAGGCCUAAAAGAGGCCGCUCUUGAUUCGCCAACAUUUCGGGCUACCGCCAUCCACUACUCUGAUCAGAUUGAGAUGCUAGAGAAAUGGCUGGAUAGCUAUGUCAAGGCUGCAACGAAGCUUUCUCACGAAGUCCUUUCAUUGGAGGGCUACGUGAAUAAUUUUCUUACACAGUCGACUCCCCCACAAAAUAUUUCGGAAGCUGUCCUCGAUCAUGACUAUACGCUAUUGGCUGUCAGGAGGUACGGUGAGGGCGCCAGAGAAUAUUUCGCAAACACUCUCUCUGCCGGGAAGAAAAUGCAGGCAACCGUAAUUGAUCCGAUAAAGGCAUUUCUACACGGAGAAUUGCGGAAUUUUAAAGACGCUCGUCGCUCUUUAGAACAUUCGCAAAAGUAUUUCGACAACCUCCUCUCGAGGUAUGCUGCGCAAGCUAAGACGAAAGAACCGUCCGCCCUCCGAGAGGAUGCUUUUCAAUUGCACGAAGCUCGCAAAUCAUACCUCAAAGCGUCACUUGAAUUUUCAGUUCAAGCGCCGGAUAUCUGCUCGACAUUGGACAAGCUGCUAGUAAAACUCUUCUCGGAGUUAUGGCGAGAGAUGAGAAGUGCCCGCGAGCUCAUGCAAAGCUCUUUUGCCAAGUGGGGAAACGACAUGGACAGAGUGAGAGGCUGGGGACGGGAAAUGCAAAGUGGGGAGAAGGCGUUCAAACACGAGAUUCAGGAGGCAAGAAAACAAAUCGAAGAAAAUGUAGAGAUAACAGCUCGUCCGUCACGAGAGCUCGAGGAUUAUUCUGUAUCUACCGUGCCUCAUCUAGGCGCCAAGGGACCUGCAGCUCGGCUACAACAAUCUGGAAGGGCCCCAGGUCUGGCCGAGAAGCAGGGCUGGCUAUUCCUCAGGACAUUAACUGGGAAGCCAGCUAGAACGGUCUGGACGCGCCGUUGGUUCUUCGUCAAAAAUGGUAUCUUUGGUUGGCUUGUCCAGGGCUCCCGCUCAGGAGGCGUUGAGGAGAGCGAGAGGAUUGGCGUCUUGCUUUGCAACGUGAAACCCGCUGCUCAAGAGGAGAGGCGUUUCUGUUUCGAGGUCAUGACCAAAGAUACUACUAUCAUGUUACAGGCUGAAACUCAGAGGGAACUCGUCGAAUGGCUGGAGGCGUUUGAUUUGGCAAAACGCAAGGCUUUGGAAGAUCCAGCCAGCACUGAUUCGGGUAGCGCGAGUGGAUCUCGGGCCCAAGAGGCAGCCUUUGCUAUCAAUCCACCAAGUGCGCCAGAAUUCGCAUCGAAAACCGCAGAGCUUCAUAUCACCCAUGGGAGCGACGAGUCGUCUGCCCUUGGAUUCGAUCGAGCAGCAACGCUCACGGUUCCGGACCGCGAUGGUCUGGCAAGCCGAGGUAGCUUUGAUAUCGGCAGUCCUCGGCGUUCCACGGUAGGUGAUCGAGAUGUUGAAGGUACUCGAGACCAUGCCGCUAGGAUUAUACAGAAGCUGGACUUGCAUCGGAAAACGACAGCGGGCUCGCAACUUGCAGGGAACGCCGCUGCCGGAUCUGCCUCACCAACCCCCGGAUUUACCGGCGGCGGUAUAGCUAGCCUCAUCUCGGCCAGCCACAACAUCCUCCCCGUGGGUCCUGGAGUGCCUUCUCAGCCGAGCUCCGACACUGCAGCCGCCAAACCAUUACCCUCCAGCACGCUUGCGCCAUCUACGCUUGCAAACCCUCCGGCGCCAACGAAUAUGAGCAAGUUAGCUGUUAUGGUUAGUGGUGAGCGGGGAAUUGGUGUUGGGCGAAAUGAUUUAACCCGUGGCGUACCGAAUGGUCUGAUGGCAAAUCUAUGGGGAAGUACCAAUUGGGGAUAUAUCAAUCGUCUAGAACGCGGCGAACUCAAGCCUCUACAAGAUCGUCGCCGUUCGUCGACCUAUCCGAGCCCAAAAACCCUUCCAUCGCGCAGUCAAGGACAGAAGUCAGAAGUAUCUCAGACUUUGUUAGAGUCAUCAUCCUCAGGAGAACGCCCCGCAGCCUCUGGGGAGAGUUCCAGAGACUCGUCUCCCUCGAAGCGGCAACGAAGUAUGAGUCUCAGCGGAGACGCUGAACAUUCGGCAAGGGCAUUGGUGUCUUUGGACGAGUUUCCAAAUUACUACCCUCUCCCGCUGAAGGCGCAAGAUUAUCAGUUCCGGAUGCUAUUCCCUAAUGUUCCCCGCGAUGAAAAGGUGCUGCUUGUAUUCAGGGCCACUUGGAAUCCCAAUGAUUUGCAAGAAUUUCCUGGAAGAGUUUAUGUCACUGCGAAGGAGGUGUAUUUCUACAGCAAUCAUCUCGGGCUCGUACUGAUUUACGGUGUCAGCCUGACGAGGAUUAGCGAAGUGACAGCCGCAACGGGUCGCGAUUGCGAUUUUCUCUUUCUUCAUCUUAGUCAAGGAAACGGCCAAGCUUCUCGAGUUACCAUCAAGACUUUCCUCGAGCCCCUCCGACUCCUCGAGCGAAGGCUGAACUUCCUCGUCCAGAAUGCCAACUCGGAGACUCCAGCUGGCAUUGAAGACGUGCUCAAGGAGCUGCUCACUCUGGAACAGGAGACAUUGGUUAGGAGUCCAAGUAUGGACAGUUGGGAAGAUGUGUCGAUAGCAACUCCUCUAGACGAAUACCCAUUCUCAGGACAGAGAUCGCGACGACGCGCUCAUGAACUCAAAGCACAAGUGCGCGUGGACCGAGGUCUCUACGGAGAUCCCAAUAAAUUUGGCGAAGGAAAGGAUAUUGCAAAGUUCAAGCUUCCACCCAAUCCGGUCUUGUAUGUACCCCCGGGCAUUCAACGCACUGCGGUUGAAAAGGAGUAUGAUAUCAGCCCUAAAGCCCUGUUUCACGUUAUGUUUGGGGAUAAGAGUGCCGUUUUUCAAAUGCAGUUUCAUGAGCGUCGAGCCCAAGCUAUCAGACAAGGCCCGUGGAUCAACUCUGGGGAGGUACACUUGAGAAGGAACUUUGACUACCAGAUUGAGUCUACGGACCUGUUUGGUCGCUCUCGACGCACAAAUGUCAUGGACUACCAAGUCAUUGAGGUUUUGAAUGACCACCUUUGUUACGUCGUGGUUGACAAGAAGACGCCGUGGCAUCUUCCACACCAGAGCGAUUAUAUGCUCGUAAGCAAAAUAGUCAUAACUCAUGUUGCCAAAUCGAAAUGCAAGCUUGCCAUUUACACCAAGGUGGAGUGGUCCAGGCCUCCUGCAUUGAUUAAAGGCAUCAUCGAAAAAACUGCUCUUGAAGAACUUCACCAGGACGCCCUCGACCUUGCUGAUGUGAUCAGUGAUCAGGUACGACGGCUCGGUCCGCAGAGUCGAACCAAGAAGGCCAUCAAGAUAUUUGGCCAGGUCGGCCAGAAUUCUGAAGUCAUACAAUUCCCAACAAAUGAUUUGCGGGCCACCAAAUCUCGACGUCCUGUAAAGAGACAAACACUGGCUGGGUUACUCUUCCAUCUUUUCGUCUCUGUGGCCUGCAGCGUAAUGUCAACUGUACUCGUCUGGAUUUUUGCUGGCCUUCGAGCCAUUUGGAAAUUUUGGAAUUCUCACGCCGUCAUCCUGAGCCUCUUGCUCUUCAGCUGCGUCGCAAACCUCUUCUUAUCAACUCAAAAGUCACUGGACUGGUGGACCGACCGUAGGGCAACUAAAUUCAUGACACGCCUGGGCGUUGGACCAAAUACUAUGAUCAGCAAAGCCAUUUACCUGAAGGAUCUUGAUACGUUGAACUUGAACGAAACAACGGCUUCAUUCAAUUCAAGUAGCCAGUGCAGCGUGGCAUCAUUCCAGGAGAUUGUCAGCCUCACCGAUAUGGACGCCCCAUAUACUUCAGCGGGUACUCCCUUCUCAUUGACCUCGACGAAGGCUACCGCUCGUCGUCUCAGACGUACGCGUCAAAACCUGGGCACUUACCGCCACGAUCUCCUCGUGGCGCUGAGAGUGGUUAAUAAUGUCGAGCGGGAGAUGAUACGUGCAGAGUGGGAGAAUUGGUUGGUCGAUGAAAUGGCAAGGUGCGCGCAAGUCGAUGUCCUUUUGCGCGAGAAUAUCACCGACCACGUUCACGGAUUGACUGUCCAGGAUGGACAAGCGUCAACUCUGCAAAGCCUCGAUGUCGAGGGCCUUGACGAGAUUCGACAGUUGCAUCGUGAAUAUUGCGACAGCUGUCGCCAAGAGCACACUGCCAUGGUAACGGGGCGACCUCAUCUCGUCCCGGGAUAAGCAGCCGUCUUCUCGUUGCUCCAUCUUCUAAAUGCUGGCACAUUACGUGCUCGCGUUCCAUUAGUCUCGAUUCCUGUUUAUAUAAUCUUGCACAUUUCUAUCGCACGUUUUGUAUAUGAUAUCAGCGUAUAUAUUUGUUUUUAGGCCUCGAGCGUUGAUUAGCGGGUUAAUGCUUGUAUAUCCAUGAAGGGAGCAGUCUAAAUUUAAGAGAUGGACAAAUGUUUAAAUAUCUGGAGCCUGGUAGGCUAGAAUGAAGGUAUAUAUCAGAAAUUUGCAAAGUUUAUGCUCAGGAUAAGCUGAGAGUAAUGAAGAGUAUCUGUGUAUCGACAAGGGAGACCAAAGCUGCAUCGAUGCCCAUAAGAAGACUGGUCAAACUUAGCCAGAUGUUCCCACACUUGCACUGAAUCUAUCAGGAUGUCAUGGCGGUAUAAAUCCUGCAGAAA